GAUAUCGGAAGGCUGCUAUCAUGUCUCCCCUACUCCUUCUUUUCAUUAAACGUAGACAUACCCAGUUCAUACAACGGGGCAGGAAAAUAUCCAAAUCAAAAGCUCAAGGAUCUGGAAGGGGAAGCUUGCCGGCCCGAAGGCCCAGAGAAACAGAUCCCUUUGCCCGCCCGCUCGCCCGCCCGCCCACUCGUCCGUCUGUGGAGUUUGUUUUUCGCCCCGAUGAAGCUGGAACGCCAGCCGUUCGAACGUGUUUGUUCCAACUUUCCAGAUGGCUUCGUUUAACAGGUAACAUCAUUGGAUCCGGAAUUUUUGUAUCGCCAAAGGGUGUGUUGGAAAACGCGGGCUCCGUAGGGCUGGCAUUGAUCGUGUGGAUCGUCACGGGCCUCAUCACCGCCGUGGGGGCCCUGUGCUACGCAGAGCUGGGCGUCACCAUCCCCAAAUCCGGGGGAGACUAUUCCUACGUCAAGGAUAUCUUCGGAGGACUGGCUGGGUUCCUCAGACUGUGGAUCGCGGUGCUGGUGAUCUACCCCACGAAUCAGGCGGUGAUCGCGCUGACUUUUGCCAACUACGUCCUCCAGCCCAUCUUCCCCACCUGCCUGCCUCCGGAAACCGGGCUACGUCUCCUCGCGGGCGUCUGCCUUUUGCUACUGACGUGGGUGAAUUGUGCCAGCGUCCGCUGGGCAACCCGAGUCCAGGAUAUCUUCACCGCUGGGAAGCUGUUGGCUCUGGCCUUGAUCAUUAUCAUGGGAGUGGUGCAGAUUUGCAAAGGAGAGUACUUUUGGCUGGAACCCAAAAAUGCCUUCGAGUUCUUUCAAACGCCCAACGUGGGGCUUGUCGCGCUGGCCUUCCUCCAAGGUUCAUUUGCUUACGGCGGCUGGAACUUCCUCAACUACGUCACCGAGGAGUUGGUGGACCGCACAAGUGAGAACCUGCCUCGCGAUUUUAUCUCCAUUCCCCUGGUGACCUUCGUCUACGUCUUCGCCAACGUGGCCUACGUCACGGCCAUGUCCCCUCAGGAGCUUCUGGCCUCCAACGCGGUGGCGGUGGUUCUUGGGGAGAAGAUCUUAGGCGUGAUGUCUUGGAUCAUGCCCAUCUCGGUGGCCCUCUCCACCUUUGGGGGCGUCAACGGCUCCCUCUUUACUUCCUCCAGGCUGUUUUUCGCUGGCGCCCGUGAAGGGCAUCUCCCCAGUGUCUUGGCCAUGAUUCACAUCCGAAGGUGCACUCCGAUACCUGCUUUACUUUUCACCUGCCUGUCCACCUUGCUUAUGCUGGUCACAAGUGACAUAUAUACCCUGAUCAAUUAUGUCGGUUUCAUCAACUACCUCUUCUACGGAGUGACAGGCGGGCAGGUAGUGCUCCGCUGGCGCGCCCAUCGGCCUCGUCCGAUUAAGGUGAGUCUGUUCUUCCCCAUCAUCUACCUGCUCUUCUGGGCCUUCCUCUUGGUCUUCAGCUUGUAUUCGGAACCUUUGGUCUGUGGCAUCGGCCUAGCCAUCAUGGUGACGGGGGUACCCGUCUACUUCCUGGGUGUCCAUUGGAAGAACAAGCCCCCGUCUUUCACAACGCAUGAUGGGAUCACUCGGGUGGGGCAGAAGCUCUGCGUGGUCGUGUACCCCAAGAUGGAUGCCGAGGAGUCGGAGAACGACCUCAAAGAGACCAAAGAACACUGGCCCAUGUGCGGCACAGAGAAGCUGGCCACGCCCCAGAAUUGAGCCAUCACAGAUGGAAUAUCGCCAAUUAUGGACUCCACUGGGUCUUAGCCAAGAUAGAGUUCGCCUGCUCCCAUCGGCCGGAGCUGGA